CCAGUUCCUCUCCCCCUACAUUCGUCCCGAGGGCUUCGUGCUGGCACGAAUGAUCACGCCGUCCGGUUCACUGCUGCUCUCGACUUGUGGUCGCUCUCCAGACGGCGUUGUUGGUGAUCGGGAUGAGGGCGGCGCUCCGCAUUCCGCUGCGGGCUUCCAAUUUUGAUCCCGCGGCGGUCAUACGAUCCUCUUCGAAGCCUUCCCUCGCUAUCCCUUCUGCCAAUGCUGCUCCGACGGUGUUUCUCCCCCGUCGGUUGAUCUCCAGCUCGACUGCAUCGUCUCCCGCUCUAUGCUCGCAGCGCUUCACCGGCCGUCUCGCCCCUUCCGUACCCCGGGCCACCUAUGCCACCCGCACGUCUCCGUUAUUCGAGUCGCCAAAAGCAGAACAACAUGACAGGAAACAGUCCGGCUCGGGUCAAUCGCGCCGCAAGGUCAUUAAGUAUGCUGUGAUUGGGGGUACAAUUGUCGUUGGAGCGGUGGUGUUCUCGGAUCAAGUCCAGCAUCUCUACCGUGCGGCGGCGAGGACAGGAAGAGUGGUGGGCACAUUGGCGGUUUGCAUCAAUGAUUACCGGGUGACUCUCAAGCAAGAAACCUCCACGCCGGAGGAACGGAGCGAUGCGAUUCGAGCCUGCCACAAACGUUGCGCGGAACGGACUCUACGGGUUCUCGAGAAGAAUGGAUCAAUCUUUAUCAAACUGGGACAACACUUGAGUAGCAUGGGUUAUCUGCUUCCGAUUGAAUGGACUACAACGUUCAUCCCACUCCAGGACAAAUGCCCCGUAUCGUCGAUUGAAUCUAUUGAGAAAAUGUUCGUGGCCGAUACGGGACGUCCCAUCGACGAGCUGUUUUCGUCUUUCGAUCCGGAACCCAUUGGUGCUGCUUCUCUGGCGCAGGUGCAUAUCGGUACGCUGAAGGAGACGGGUCAGAAGGUCGCGGUCAAAGUGCAGCAUCCGGCGCUGGCGGAAUGGGUACCCUUGGACCUGGCGUUGACUCGGUUUACUUUCUCGAUGCUGAAACGAUUCUUCCCGGAAUAUGAUCUGGAAUGGCUCUCGCGGGAAAUGGACCUGUCUCUGCCCCAGGAGCUGGAUUUCCGGAUGGAGGCCGAGAAUGCCACGCGGGCGAGCGAGUACUUCAAGAAGCACUCGGAUGCUCCGUUGGUUAUCCCUGAAGUUAUGUGGUCUCAGAAACGUAUCCUGGUCAUGGAGUUCAUCUCCGGACGACGACCCGACGAUCUGGAAUUCCUCGACUCGAACCACAUUGACCGCGACGAAGUCUCCGCGGCUCUGGCACACAUCUUCAACGAGAUGAUCUUCGGUGACAACGCGCCCCUGCACUGCGAUCCCCACGGCGGCAACAUCGCCAUCCGUCUGAACCCUAACCGCCGUCGGCACAACUUCGACAUCGUCCUCUACGACCACGGCCUAUACCGCGAUAUUCCCCAGGACCUUCGCCGCAACUACGCUAAGCUCUGGCUGGCCGUGAUCGAAUCCGACCUACCUCGCAUGCGCGAGUACGCCCGCAAGGUUGCCGGUAUCACGGACGAGCAGUUCCCUCUCUUCGCCAGCGCCAUCACCGGCCGCGACUACAUGGUGCUCAAGAACAAGGACAUUACAUCGGCCCGGACAUCGGCCGAGCGAGACAGCAUGUCGGGCUCUCUAGCAGAUGGUCUACUACAACAACUCGUUGAACUACUGGGCCAAGUACCCCGGAUCAUCCUGCUGAUCCUCAAGACCAACGACCUGACCCGCAGCCUCGACGAGAACCUGCACACCCGCCAAGGCCCCGUGCGCACCUUUCUAAUCCUCGCCCGCUACGCCACCCGCACUGUCUUCGAAGAGCAAAUAGACUCGGUCCACGAAUCCGGCGGCCUCCUCCGCCCGCGCAACUUCUGGCGCUUCCUCUGCGCCUGGACGGGAUAUCUACGCGUGGAGUUGAAGUUAUCGGUCUAUGAGACUUUGUUGGCCCUAAAGAGUCGGUUUGGGUUCGUUUGAUCCUUAUUUGUAUAUUCUCCUUCACCCCCUUUCAUCUUUCCUUCUAUCUUUUAUCCGUGCAGUAUGUAAGUAAUUUUGAUAUUGACUAGACGGCAUGGCAUGGCAUGGCAUGCAUGUGGUGUUGUGCACUGGCGUUUUUCUUUUAUUCAUAUUGUUGUUAGACCUGCUUUGUUUUUUGCUAUAUAUUGCAAAAGAAGCUGUAUACUUACCCAUCUAUUUUUAUAUCUAUCUAUCUAUAUAGAAUUUUCCUUGACUAGC